UUAUGAGUGAGAUUUUGCGGUAGUCUCCAUGUCGAACCAUUGCUUUCGAAGGUGGACGCUUGUUACCUCCGCGGGCAUGGAAAUCAAAAAGUGAUGAGUUGUAUGCAGAUCACCGUGAUCUGCUGUUCUAGGCUUCGCCCUCCUACCUCAGCACAUCUCGCUUCUUGUGAAGCAGUACCGUCGCCAGUGGGUGCUCGCCCUCCUGCUCUGCUUCACCAGUGCCGAAGGUGUACAGGUGAAGCCUGAUACCUGUCCCUUGUCGCAGCCAUCAUUCGGAACGGGACUUACCUAUAAGUCAGCCUUAUGGCCCGUUAAGCUCAUGUUCGGCGCAAACCCCAAUGACUGUUGUGUUGUCAAGAUUGCCGUCCAGACGGGACCAUGUCCGAGGCCACACGUCCUCCUGUCGGCCGGUCUUCGCGUGCCGAGAGGACGACAACAUCUUGUGGGGAGUGCCGGAGAAGAAAACAAAAGUGCAAUCAGGGUCAGCCAUGUAGCAACUGCGCAAGGCGGUUUCCCCAACCGUUAUGCGAGUAUAAACCCAGCAGCAGACGGCCUAGUGUAACUCCCAUCUCCCAUCAAUCGGCCUUUGCAAUAUCCGUGUUGCCUUCAUCGGGACGGUACGGCGGGCAGUACGAAAUCGAAGGGACCCGUCAUCCUCUCUUGCCCCCGCGGCAGACAUCGUCAUCAUGGGCAGCGAGUACUGGAGGAGAAACUGGAGCAGUAACAGUGCGCUGGUCAGGGAUAGACAUUGGGACUCAGCUUCCCGUGUCUACUAUGAUGCCUCAACCACACGUCUUCAGCAGAACGCAAGGCGGUCUAUUCCCAGGAGAAUUUGGCUGCAAUGAAGGGUGCACACUCCACACUGACCUGUACCAUGAUGCCGCAAAUCUACUUCGAGCGUAUCACACUAUUCCCGCUCGCUUCCUGAGUGGGAACUGGUCUCGAGAGACUCCCCCGGGCAGGAUAGAUCCUGGGGGUCUUCAAGCCAGCGGCGUAGCACCGUGGCCCGGAAUAAGUCCGAACCAAGGACAUGGACACAUCCCUCCCGCGCCUGGACAGUCUAUUCAAGACAAUGACCUGCUAAACAUGUGUACGUUGUCUGCCUCGUUGGGGAAAGAAUAUGGGUUCGCGUAUACGUCGCUGACACUACCAAUCAAUGCAGUCGUCAACCUAAUCGGUAAUAUGAAAGCAUCCAUAGACAGCAACCCCGAUGCAACGAACCCGUAUAUCCAACACUACAUUCCGUUUUGUCUUCGAUCGCCUCUCCUAACUCGUGUGGCCAUAUGCACCGCUGCAGGCUGGCUCCAUGUGGCGGGCAUCAUUGACACGACGGUAGCGAUGGCACAUAAAGGGCAAGCUAUAGCGCUCCUGAAUGACCAUAUUAAGUCAAGCCUGGUAGCCGGAGACGAAGGAAUAGCCGGAGUUGUUCAGCUCAUUAUCAAUGAGUGGUAUUGGGGCGAAAAGCAAUCCCUCCAUGCACAUAUGGGCGGCCUUUGUGAGAUGAUUAAACUUCGUGGUGGGUUUCGGACGCUGGGGCUGAACGGGCUGAUUAGCAAACUUGCCAUAACAUCGGACGUUGGGAUUGCAUUGUGUUUCGAGAUACCACCUUCUUUGCGGGGGGGCCACGAGUUUGACUUCCAAGACAGUACCCAGCCCCCGUUGCAGCUGGCCCUGAACACGCCCCUAAUAUCCACGAUAUCAUCGGGAUCUCUCCCACACUUUGCUUCAUGCCAUGAGGAGUUUCACAUACACCCCACCACGGCUUCGAUCCUGGACGACUUGCGGUUCCUUGUGUGCACAGUCCUCGGGCUUCCUGAGGACGCUUCCUCAAUGGAACUACAAAAACUGCACCAUACGUCUGCAUGGACUCAUGACCAGAUGUUGAGGCUUCCGCCGGACGGUCCUAUAACGAGACGACCUUCUCCAGGAUCAGCCAAUGCUCCAUCUCCGGCAGUGAACACGGCACUUGAGUCACAAACCAGGGGGGGUGUGGAGGGUAAUAGCGGGCUUACGGCGGCUGCAUCACCUACAACACAAAUCACCCAGCAGUUUUCAGCAUACGGUCUCGGAGUUCAACAGCAGGCGACGGGACCCAGUUCCGGGGUCCGCGCAGGGGAGAUGCCGAAACGAAGAGAGGGAAGUUUGGGAGAAGACUUAGCUAUGCAAGCCAGUGCUGAGGCCCCGGACUAUGUGUACCAAGCCAUCAGGAUAUCGGCAAUCUUGUACACUCGAGCCAUCAUGACACGGCGUCCGUUCAGCGAGGUGGUCAGCAUGGAGGAUUUCCUGGAGCUCUGGACGACAGCGUGGAGGGUUCCGCUGGCUACAUGGCGUUCUUUGCUGGGAGUCUUUAACUGGAUGCUUCUGCCUCUGAUAUCAAGUGUGAAGAACACAGGACAUGAUCUGUGGGUCAAGUCAAUGAUGAAUACUACCCUGCUGCAAAUGGGUAUGGGGCAUUGGGAGAUUGCGCGACGUACCAUGGACGCGGCCAUGCGGCUUCAACGCUGGCUGAAGGGUGACAGCGUCAACUUGAACGAAAACAUUGGAUCGUCAAACAUGGAGCCUGGAAGCGGUAGGAGUAGGAGCGGCAGUGCCAGGAACGAGUUUGGGAAGGAAUUUGACGAGCGCCGUGGGAGUGACGACAAGUCGAAGACGAUGAAACUGGCGAAGGGAAAGGGGAAGGAGACGGAACCGAAGUGAAGUUGGAGCGAUGAAGUGAAGUGAAAGUGGUGAUGCAAUGUGGAAGGGGGAGGACCGCAGCACUGCACUUGCCGUCAUGCAGAUGUCACGGUAGAAGCCCGAAGACAACAAGUGGCUUGGAAAGAACGAACUGCAGAGCGCAGGCAGGUACCCGCGCUUUCCAUCGUCAACAGCACAUGAUCUCGAGCCACUAUUUGAAAUCUGGAUGGUCCUCUUCACGUACGGAAGAAGCCAAGGCUGCCAUCAAGCGUGCCUGACGGGAAUAGCAUGGAAUUAGCGUCAGGUGUGUACUCGUCUGGACUGGAACGGUCCAGCAGGUACAUUGUGUAUGUGUGUAUGUAAAAUACUCUUUUGUAAAAUGUUGCUGCCCAAGGGAAAAAGAACAAUUCGAUCACUUCUUUUCA